AGUGAAGCAAAUACUAAUCAACACAUAGUGAAAGGAAAUAAACAAUUUGUAUGGGAUAUCGAUAACAACUUCCAAAACCAUACACAAUAAGAUAGAGCCAGAAUAGUAGAAAACUUCCACCCGACAACAUGUUUCUGCACUCUGCGAUUCUACUAAUAGUGUUUCAAAGUAUUACUUUUACCAUCGGUUUGGAUUGCAUUGAACGUCACCUUCUUCCAAGAGUUCGUGAGUGCUGUAGAAUACCACCUCCAUUCCCGGAUACUGGUCUGCGCGAAUGUGACAGAGAGGCUCGACGAGAACAUUCCGUUGCUAGUUACGUCAUGCAGAAAUGCAAAAUGGAAUGCUAUUACCAAAAAAUAAAAAUCAUUGAAGAAAAUACACUCCUCAUGGAUCAGGUUAAGCUGUAUCUGGAAAGUCUGGAAGACGAUGCUCGAGAGUUUUACAUGACUGCCUUCCAAGACUGUGACGAUCGUCUCAUGCACAAUAAGGAACAUCUACCAGCAACGAUUUGCAAUGGAUUUUCAGCUGACCUGGACUCAUGUGUGCAAAAAAAUUUGCUCCGGCAGUGCCCGGUGCAGUAUUGGCAAGAGUCUGAACUUUGCAACUAUGUGAAAGCGGGAUACACAAUUUGUCGAAACUAAAUGGGAUUUGCUGAAACAUUCUUCAAAUAUAAAUUGAUUUGCCUGACUACGAUGUGCACGUUUUUUAUUUGCUGGUAUUCAGCAAAAGGGAUUUUGGUAGACCUCAUGUUGCAAAUCAUCACCUCAUGAGUGCUCAUCACAACUUUUGAAUUGUAUUUUUGUCGCCCACGAUUGAACUGUGCAACUGAUGACCAGAUGCAAAGAGAAGGCAAAACGAACAUGAUGUAGCUCGCAAACGAUUUUGUAUGUAUCUGAUACGACCGCCACCCACUCGCCUAAACAGCCGAACCACUCCGAAUGAGUUGGUUAUAGAGGGUUCGGCACGAACACUCGUCACACACACAGAAGCAGCAUUCACAUAUACCGAUACCAUAUCAAUAAAGUUUCCAGCCAAUGAUGUUUCGCGAUAAGCUCAUUGAUAGCAUCAAGACCAUGAAUAUUACGGCUUGACUAGAUGGCAACUGCACAUCGACCAAAAAGAAUAACCAACAACGCUGAUCGGUGACCAGUCUUUUCGUGCAAGGUUAGG